AUGGCGGGGGCCGCAUGGCCCCGGCCUAUGAAGAUCGAUUUUAUUCGAAGCGUUGCUACUCAUGGAGAAUUAACCCUCCCGACAGAGAAAUGGCGACUUGGCAAGGUCACGAAUUGGGGCAAUGUUUACGAUGACAUGGUACAUAAAGGCUACCAACUUCUUCCUAGUCGCUCUUACUAUGAGAUGUGGAGGCGAGUUUCUGCUCGCCGGGAUGAGAAACAGGAUGAGGAGGAUGAAUCCCCUAAGAAGAAGAAGGACAAAAAGGAAAAGAAAAAGAGGAUGUACGUGACCCGCGCGGACAGUUUACUUCUUUUCGACGGACUGGCAAUUCCCGAAGAACCCGCACCCAUCGCCGAUGAUGGCAACCACUUCGAGGAACCGGAAGAGCCUGAAGAUCCCGAAGUCGUCAUUGAUGAUGACCACCACUCAGAGGGACUGGCAGAGCUUGAGGAUCAAGAAGCCGUUGUCGGUGAUGACCACCACUUUGAGCAGCUGGGAGAACCCGAGAACCCCGCAGUCGUCGCUGAUGAUGGCCAACAAUUUGAUGAACUGGAAGAGCCCGAGGCAUUUGGAGCCGUUGAUGCUGGUGACAAUCACUUUGAAGGCUUGGACGAUAUUGGCGGCGUCGAACUCGUGGGUGACGAGUUCGAGGCUAGGGUGAGAAGACUGAACGCGCUAGAACGUUCCUAUAUCGCCAUGCAGAUGGUUGCAAAGUUGAGAAUCCUACAUCAAGUCAUGGGAGAAGUUGGUCCGAUUGACUAG